UUCCCCGGCUACCAACGCUUGAAAAUGGAGUGUAUUUUGAACGACUCUUGUAUCGACUUGGAGAAUUAUGAUACAUCGUCGAUAAUAAAGCUACAGGUAUCUCACAUAGUUCGUGAGAAUAAGAUCUAUGUUAAACCUCAUAAAGAGAGGCUCAAUUUAGAGGUUAUCUUGUCCGAAAACAAAUGAAGAGUUUGAGAGACAGCUACCUUGGCCUUGUGAAGCAUAUUGAAUCAAACAAGACCCCAACUGUCAUAUGGGAAAGAGACCGGCCUUCUCUUCCUAAAUUUUUUAAGCAUAAGAAAUUGGUCAACUUUGACCACCCACAUGAUGCUUCAUCCCCAGAAUUCCACAGUAAUCGAGUUAUAAUUAGAGAUAGCCAGGGGGAUAUCACAGAUAGAGUUUGUGAUCUUGAUACUAGAGUGAAGUCAGUUGAAAUACCAACCAGUCAUGAAGCUGAUAAGCUUCCUCAACUACCUCAUGGCACAGACAUUUGUUUUUCACAUAAUGAAAUGUACAACCUAAGUACAAAUGGGACAUGUUCAAACUUAAAUAACCAAGACAAUACAUCACCAAUGGCUUGUCUGUUAGUUGAUCCACCAGUGCAUGGAUCAGCAUCGGAACAACCAGUGAGAUUGCACUCCCAGAGAACUGCACAUGUGAUGGAUGGAGAGACUUCACAUGUUGCCAGUGUUCCCCACCUCGGAGACCAUGACGGUGAGAGUGACACCUCCUCACUCACUGAGGUCACAUCAAUCUGGGAAAGUCAACUGGACUCCAGAAUGAAACCAGAAAGGGAAGAAAUUAAAGACAUCAACUCCGCAUCCAUACUGGAGGUCAGGAAGAACAUCGCCAUGGAACUGCUCUGGGUGCAGCAAGCCAUCAACUCUAGGAAAAAUUACCUGCGGUUGAAAUCACAAAUGGAAUAACUUACUAUAAGCUACAAGGACAAAAGAUAGAUCAUGAAAUAUGUAAAAUAGAAACCUCAAUAAACAUAUAUUACAAACA